CCCACCGCCACCCUCUCGUGCCGCGGGCCGCCCGGCCAUGUAGACGGGGCGGCGCGGCCGGCCUUCAUCGCGCAGACCGCCCCGCGGCCGGCAGGCGCCAUGGAGGACGUCGGCUCGAGCGUGAACGCGGACGCGGAGGUGCGGAAGCUGCAGGAGCUGGUGAAGAAGCUGGAGAAGCAGAACGAGCAGCUUCGCAGUCGCCACGGCGCUCUGCCCGCCGCCCCCGCCAGCCCCAAGCGCCUCCUCGGCGGUGGGGCCUCCCCUUCGCCCCCCGCCGCCGCCUCUCCGUCCGACGGCCGCUGCCUCAGCCCCAGGGCCGCGGCGCGGCGGCCGCCCCCCGAGGAACCCGGCGGCGGCGAGAGCGACGGCCCGCCGGACGACGCGGCGCCUCUCCGGCCCGACGAGCUGGAGCGCCUGGCGUGCUGCGAGGAGGACGAGGCCAGCUGGUUACACACGUCUCCAAAGAAGAGACUGACUCCAAUGCAAAAAUGUGUCAGCCCAUUAGUUUGGUGCAGGCGGGUGUUGGAUUACCCAAGUCCUGACAUUGAAUGUGGUAAAAAGUCACUGAUCCACAGGCUGGAACAGAUGAUGUCAGCUGUGAAGAGACAGAGUUUGUACAAUAGUCCUUUCAGUGCAGUCAGCUAUGCCAGCUCCUAUAGUCCAAAUACCAGUAGCCCCUACAGUAGUGGUUUCAACUCUCCCUCCUCAACACCAGUGAAAUCUGCGUUAGCGAAACAGUUCAUAUCUCCAGGUGCCUCAGGUCAUCUUAAAAGCUCAGCUGAUAGGAAUCCUCCACUAAGCCCACAGUCCUCUGUGGACAGUGAAUUAAGUGCAUCAGAGAUGGAUGAAGACUCUAUUGGGUCUAAUUACAAGCUAAAUGAUGUUACAGAUGUGCAAAUUUUAGCACGAAUGCAGGAAGAAAGCCUCCGGCAAGAGUACGCAGCAUCGGCUUCUCGGCGUAGUUCUGGUUCUUCUUGUAAUUCUACCAGGCGAGGCACAUUCAGUGACCAGGAGCUCGAUGCACAGAGUUUAGAAGAUGAAGAAGAUGGCACACAUCACACAGUGCACCCUGCCGUCAGCAGGUUCUCACCAUCACCUCGUAGUUCUCCCUGGCCUUCACCAAAACAGUCUCCAAGGAAUUCUCCUCGUUCCCGAUCACCUGCUCGAAGUAUAGAAUACAGUAGAGUGUCACCCCAGCCUAUGAUCAGCCGUUUACAGCAACCUCGUCUUUCACUUCAAGGCCAUCCUACAGAUAUGCAGACCAGUAAUGUUAAAAGCGAAGAAAAACUAAGGCGUAGUCUUCCAAACCUGUCCAGGACAUCUAACAUCCAAGCUGAGUCUGUGAAAAACAGCAGAAGUGACUCAAACUUCCAAGUGCCAAAUGGAGGAAUACCUCGCAUUCAACCUCAAGCCUCAGCCAUUGCAGAUUCUGUUUUUUCAAACAUCAGUGUUUCUCAGCAAAGGUUGAGGUGAACCUGAGUCCCGUGCAACAAAAAGCACAGUGCUGGGUUAGUGCCUGCUGGUUUGGCUGGAAGUGAACCACUGAUGUGAGAACACUGCUGAUCUCACAAGUCUCUUACAAAUGGUGACCUUAAAGCCAGAGCAAAUGAAACGCAAAUAUUCAGUGCUUCUUUAUAUGUCAAUAUUGACAGUUCCUUUUGCUUAAAUGUUUCCUGACCAUUUUUGUUUUAAAACAAGUUUGAAAAUGAAUUAUCUUGUGUGACAUUUUCAAAGGAAAAACGCAUUAUGAAUAUUAUUAUUUGCAGAGCUUUGAUCUAGAAAAGUUCAUCAGUAAUUCAAGUAUUUGACAAGUAAUGUAAGAUCGUAUUUGUGAAUGAAACAAAUUUCGCUUUUACCUGCUGAAGAAUAAAGCUAUGCUAGCAUAUCUGAUUGGCCUUUUUAACUAUAGGCCUUUCAAAAUAGUUUGCUAAUACAACCAAGUACAGUUAAAUGCAGAACAGUACGGACCAGGCAAAGACAAGAUUUCUGUCUUUGUAAUGACUCUGGAUGUAAGGGUUCUGUGGACAAUUAGUUAACUGUGCGAUACUAUAGCCAAAUCUAUACAGAUUGCAUUUGGUGUUUUAAAAUAGAGUGAACUUGAAAGGGGAGAGUAGAGAGGGCAGCUUAGCUAGUCAGAAAGCUAGUUUCUAAUUUCUAAUAUUUGCACUGAAACUUUGUAGAAAGAUGAGAUAGAAAAAGUCUCUCUGUUUUCAGCAUUUGAGUUAUUUCAUUGCAGAAGUGAGAUGUUUAUAAUACAUAAUUGUUUUCAUUUCCUGGAUGGACUGAAAAUCAUAAAAAGCAUUAGGUAGAUCUGUUUGCUUUUUACGGGAAUCUUUCACCAAAUGUGAACCACUCUAGACCAACUUACAUCUAAAUGUAAGUUAAAUAUCAUUAACAAAGCCCAGAUUUCUAGCUUUUACAGUUUCCCUGCUCUUACAGAUGUUUUCAGAGUCUUGCUAUUGACAAUCGUAAAACGGUUUGUGUAUGAAGUCAAUGAGUAAGUAUCUUUGCCUAGUCUGGAUUAAAAAAAAAAUUCCUCAAAAUUGUACAUUGUAUAAAAAAUUUCCAGAAUUGUGCUUUUUUUAUUAUACACUUUUUGUUCUAUUGGUUUUAUAUUUUGUCACCUUGCACAAAGCACUGUUAAAUUGCAGCAAAGCUUUGUUUUCCCUUGGCAAUGACUUCUGGGUCUAAGGAUUCAAAGCUUCCUCAUACUUGCUAGUUUUGCAUGAGCUUACCUUUGCAAGGAUGCUGGCUUGCCACCUGGGAUCACUACUUUUCUUUUUGUCAAUGAUCUGCUGUUCAUAAUUUACUUGCACAUUUGCUGUGGCUGCAAAUACUGAACUUGCUAUUGUUGCUGGCAUUCAAAAAUGAGUUAGGAAUCCAGUAAGGUUCUGUACAGACAAUUCCUGAUAUGGUUAUAACGUAGGCAAAUUAAUACAUGCUUGAUUAAGGACUAGAUGGAAGAUAAUUACAGUAAGUACAAUUGCAAAAUGAAGGCAUUUUAUAAACUUCAGUUGUAAAUUGGUGAAAAAUCCAAAUUCUCUUUGAAAAGAUUAUAAUGGAGUCUUCAUUUACACAUGGUUUACUGUGCUGUCAUGCAGAAAGGACUUUUGAACGUGAAAGCCGUUAAGUAUUUCACUGUAGAGCACUGGAAGAUGGGGUAAUACUUGCAUUCUCCAAAGACCAGGCAUCUUCUAGACUUCAGUGUGUUACAAACUGCAGAAGUCUCUGCAUUUAGAUUGCACUCUGUGGAGACUGUACAGCUUUGCACAAGGUGGUUUCUACAUAGGAGCUAUGUGGACCACGUAUGCACGAUGCUUUUGAACGUACGCAGCAUUAAUAAUGCAGGGGUGUGAAACCUUUAAGCAGAGUUGAUUACAAUGCUUUUUCAAAGAGCUAAGCUGCAGAUUGUUCAAAUUAUUAGUGACCAUAGUCUGCUUGCCAAGAUGUGGCCGCUUCGCAUGUUCAGGGCAAAAGAACCUGUAUAUUUUUAGGAAACCUAAGUAUUGCAGUUCAGUUAAUGAGAAAUAAAUAUAAUUAAAUAUAUUCAGCUUGCACAGUUUCUGAGAGGUGAUACAGAACUGUCCAAGAGCAGCAAACAGUGUGGAUGAGCAUGCACUCUGCUUAUCUCAAAUCACGUUUCCACAGCAUUGCUCAAGUUCCCUGCCUGCAGCUCUGCGCAGUGGUGCAGUGCAUGUGCUCUUAUUUGUCAGAUGCUGGGAGCUUUCCCUGGAGUCUCCACUGAGAAGGAAAGAAGGAAUUUGAUAUAUACAUAAAAUUAUUUUUUAAAAUUCUUUCCACAUCAUCUCACAUCUCUGACUUGCAAGUAGUGCAGUAAUGAUGGGGGAAGCAACUUACUGCCACGUACAGUUGGCAAUUUAAAUGUAGCAGAAUGAUUAAGGGAAAACAACAUCCAGGGUCAUAAAUAUGAAGGAAGAAGUUGCUCUGGAUUUUGUGUGGUAGAACAAAAACACUGAUUCAGCAAAAAGUGGUAUUAUGGAAUCCUUGUGGACAGAAACACUCUGGCCAGUGGUUGGCUUCACUAAAUUCCUUUAAGAAAACAAGUCUGGGAAUUGUGCUCAUUUUUAAACAUCUUCAUGUGUUUAAUUGGCUGUUUAGAAGUAUUGAAAAAAGUUUACAGUAAGGCCGUGUGUCAGAAGUUGAAUAAUAACUGUCCAUUGCCUCAAAUUUUUUGCAUUAGAUUCUAGUUAGUGGAAGGAUUUUUUGUCCUUGUUCUUUUAGACACGUUUUAUGUUUCUAAGUGUGUUUAUUCAUUUUUGCUAUUUGUUGAAAACAUAGUUAUUAGGUAGUUAUUAAGAUCAAAAUGAAAAUAGACCACCACCUAAUAUUUUUAGAAUGAAGGUAAAACACACGAUGAAAUUCCUUUAUAGCUCACAAAAUAUUGCAGAUUUUGCAUUGACUGAAGGAUAAGAAAUCCUUUAGUAAAGGAUUCGUACUGAUUGUUCCUCCUGCCUUCUGUAGUGAUUUUCAAGAAUUGGUGACGUGAGCUCUGAGCUUCCUUACUCAGGGUUAGGCUCUUCACAUACAACUGUUUCCCCGUCUUUCUUCCCUCUUGCUAUGGAAAUAAGCCUUACUGGUGCAGGCAGUUUCAUGCUGGCAUAGAACUACACAGUGAGGUGAGCAGAGACGUUUUUUCAUACGUUGUCAUUUUAAGAAGCCUUUAUGUAGGCAAAGCUUUAGUUCACUGACUGCUUUCCUUCCUCCCUCCAAAAAUAUGCUGCGGCGAAAACGUGCCGAAUCAGUGCAUUCCUUCUGGCAGCAGAGAAUUCUCUCUUUGCCAAGUUUCUGCCACUCCUGGAACACAGGCUUCUCUCUUGGUAUCUGCUACGUAGUAAGGAUGUGUUGAGGCAGUAUUAGCCCCUGCAUGCUACUAGAAAAAAGGCAGGACAUAGGAGCUAUAUAAAAGAAAGAGCUGCUGUUUGCUUGCUGACAGCUGCUAAUCCUCAGUUUUGUGUCUUCAUUCUGAGUUCCCUUGUGUAACCUCAGAGAAAAAAAAAAAGCAAACAUCUCUGAAAAUGACUGACUUUUGCACAAAAAUGAUGCUCAUGCCAAAAGCGAUGCUUCUGUGUAGGGCUACAACUUUUUUCUUGAAAGCUACUUUAAAAUGAAAAGUUUAGUCUCACUUGAUCCAAUAGGACAGUUAAAUUGUCACCUUUUUAUCUGAUCUUGCACUCAUAUUGCUGUAGCAUGCGUGCUAGGCGGCUUGUUCUCCCUUUGGUGUAUUUAUUUGUUUGGUUGGUUUUGCCUUUCGGGGCGUUUUGCCAUGCAAGCAGCUUUACUCUUACAGAAUCUGCGCAUUUUGCACUGCAAAAUUUCUCACACGCUUCUUUGUAACUCCUGGCCAUUAAGAGCAAGCACCAUUUAAAAAACCAUCACUUUUGGAGUCGUAACAGCUUUUGGAGUGUUUUACUCACUCUAUUCUUUAUGCUUCACAAGCGGAUGCCGUUCUGAAAUUCCCAGUAAAUUUAGCUUACU